AAGCGGUACGGUUGAGAUUUGAAGCGCCCGCAUAUAUUAGCCUAAGAGCCGGCUUUAUAUAUAUAUAGCACUCGUACCUUUGGAUAAGCGCACGAUGAGUUAUGAAGGAAAAAUGUUUCACCCGUCGGGCCAUCCGCUGACCCAGUAAGGAAACUUCAUGUCUGACCAUCAAUGCACUUUUCGAAGAUCUAUACUCAGCUUUUGCUCGAUCUACCGCCCCAGCUGCGCGAGAAUGCCGUACAGUAUCGCCAGCUGAAGAAACUCAUAAAUCAAAUCGUGCUUGAGCUCGCAUCGCUAGGGCUGAGUCCAGAUGUUCUCCACGAGCAUCUGCUGCAGGGUGGUGAUGAGAAGGGAAAAGGGAAGCAGAUAGAGAAACUUGUUGAUGGAUAUAAAGUUGUGUACGAGGCGAAUGAGGAGUCUGGCCGUAUUGAACCUCGACUACGGUUUUGGGUUACACUUCCUGAUCCUACCACGAGCGAUAGCCACGGAACCGACGAAGGAGAAUCUAUUGUCAGCCCGGCACUGGGAGAACCUGGUCCCAGUUUGCUGUGGGUGCUGCAACGAAAGACGAGUCAGGCAUCAGACCUUUCCCUGACGAAGACAAGUGGGGGGAUAUCACAGGAAGUCGUGAUACCUCUCGUCUUCGACUCGGCUUUCUUCCAAUUACUGUCUACCGCCCUCAAAGCCAUGUCGGAUCAUCUCGCUACCGUUCAGCUCGAGUUCUCACAGACGCUUCACGACUUAUCCCGAACCAUAUCCGAUUCUGCUCGGCCCGCAUCGGCGACAACCUCGGGGUUCCAUCCGUAUUCAAUAUUGACACACCCUGGGACUAUCACUGUCGGCGCUGUUGCGUCGGCUAAGAAGACGGACCUCAAUGCAUGGCGGGAAAUAUUUCAGCUGUACGUUGAGGUUGAAGUAUUUGAGAGCGUCUGCGAAGCUUCACGCGGCGAACGCUCUGUCGAGGAAAGCGAGAACAGGCUGAAGCUAUUUGCGGAACGUCUCACUCAACGAGGCUUUGGGGACGGGAGACAUCUCAGGAUGAAGAACAGCCGAGAGGCAUUGGAAUCUUUUCUAAAGCUCAACAUGUUCAUUCUAAACGUGAAAAAGUUUCAAUCCGCCAAUUCUGAGGCUACGCGUAAAAUCCUCAAGAAACAUGCCAAACGAACCGCGUUACAGCUGCCGGACACGACCGAUCACGACCUCAUCAUACAGUCUAAAUCUCUGUCCCUCCCUCGCAUCCUCAUACAAGCCAUCGGGGAGACACUCCUUCCUGUUAUCCCCCAUCUAGACGACUACGCGUGUCUAAUAUGCACCAACAUUGCGUUCAAGCCUGUUCGUCUCGGCUGUGGGCAUCUCUUCUGUGUACGGUGCCUUGUCAAGAUGCAGAAACGAGGUCAAGGUGACUGCCCGAUGUGUAGAGCGCCAACUGUUUUAUGCGCCAAUCGAUCCAAUGUGGAUUGGGCUUUGCUCAAUUUUAUGCAGGACUGGUUCCCUAUCGAGUCAAGACAGAAGCUGAAGGACAGCGAGAAGGAGGCAGCUCAGGAAGAAAUGCAGGAACUGGGGAUCGACCCCGAACAAGGAUGCACGAUCAUGUAAAACAUAUCGCUUAUUAUUAACGUUAUUUACGCGGGAAAAGGUCAUGAAGAGGGUUAUGAAUAUCUUAUAGCAGCCUAUUAGUACUGGUAC